GCGCUGAAAUUGAAAACCACUGUGAAAGGGGAUACACCAGCUACCCUGGCAACCACAAGCUUUUCUAAAAAGGAGCCUUGGGAGUCCCAAUCUUUCUGCAGUAAUUUUCCUCAUGAGGUUGUCUGUGCAGAUUCCUGGGGCCAGUCCUUGCUGGUUUCUACAGAUGCUGGCAUCUUGUUAAUUGAUGAUGGUCAGCCAUCAGUUCAAGUAUUUGAUAAAACUCUCCAAAUAAAGCAGAUGCAUGUGUUGGAAGCUCUGGAUCUUUUGAUUGCCCGUACAGACAAAGGAAAAGACUCUCGUCUCCUUGUCUUCAGAUUGAGUGCUGUCCAAAAAGAUAUAGAAACAAAGCAGAUGAUAAGAAGCAAAUAUGACUGCAGAGAAAAUAAAUUGGAGAGAACAAAAGGCUGCCAUUUGUAUGCCAUUAAUACUCACCAUGGCAGUGAACUGAGGAUUGUUGUGGCUAUUCGGAACAAACUACUUCUCAUCACAAAGAAAUACAAUCCAUGCAACAGUUUAACCAGCAGCUCUCUGCUGUCAUUACCUGAAUCUCCAGUAGACGAGUUCCAGUACAUCCGGGAAAUAUGCCUUUCUGACCCUCCAGUGGUUAUGACACUGGUGGAUGGACCUACUGGAGACAGUGACAAUAUGAUCUGUGUGGCAUAUCGGCAUCAGUUUGAUUUAGUUAAUGAAAGUACCGGGGAGUCCUAUAGACUGCAUCAUGUUGAAGCAAACAAAGUAAAUUUUGUUGCAGCUAUUGAUGUAUAUGAAGAUGGUGAAGCUGGCCUACUGUUAUGUUAUAACUAUGUUUGCCAAUAUAGAAAGGUGUAUCCUUUUAAUGGAGGUUCUCCACUCGUCCAGUCAUCGGCUUACGACUUUCACUUUAGCUGGAAUCAAGUUCCUUAUGCUGUUGUCUGUGCUUUCCCUUAUAUCCUUGCGUUCACUACUGAUUCCAUUGAGAUCCGAUUAGUGGUGAAUGGAAACUUAGUCCACACAGCAGUUGUGCCUGAGCUUCAGCUUGUAGCAUCAAGGUCAGAUAUUUAUUUUAAAGCUACUGCUGCAGUAACGGGAUCAUCUCAUAGCAGUUCUAAGGAAAUGAGUUCAAGUUCUCCUCAAACACCGACAGCUUAUGAAAUACCAGAAUGUCCUCUUUCUUCAGAAGGUGAAGUUCCAGGCAAAAACCUGUACAAAAUUCCUCUCAGUAAUCUGGUUGGGCGAAGCAUUGAACGACCUCUGAAGUCACCUUUGACUCCCAAAGUCAUCACUACUCCAACAUCUAGUGGUGUUACCUCUCUUCCUGUUACUCACUCACUAUCCUUAUCUCGUAUGGAAAUUAAAGAAAUUGCAAGCAGAACACGUAAAGAAUUGCUAGGCCUUUUGGAUGAACCUAUUCCCAAGACAGAAGGUGCACAGAAGCAAAAAAAGGCUCCUCGAAGACAGUCAGAUCCCAAGCAGGGAGCGGUAAGAUCAACUAGUAGUGACAGAAUAAUCUCAGCCUCUUUUGAAAGCUUUUCUGAGAGUCGUCAUCUUUCCACUAGUUCAGAUCCUGAUACUGUAGCAAACAGAGAGGAGAGCUCACCAUCUAGCUAUCCGUUCCAUCUGACUUCUUUAUACGAUGAGGACAUCAUUGACUUGAAGUGAAGACAGACAGACUGUUCCUUACUUCACCUUUUCUUACACAUCUGUGAGCUCUGUAGGAAUGUCACAAACACUGCUUCUAGUGGUAAAAUGUGGCUGGAAGUAUUGGUGAUUAAUCUUUAUAGAUCCCAUGUUAUUCUGGCUUGCUUAGCCUGAUUUGGUGAUGCUUACAUCUUUGACAUAUGUAUAUUUUCUUAUCUCGGUUCAUGAAACAUUACUUUUUGUGGCAUUCUAAAGGUAGGUAAUCAAUGAGAGCUUCAGGCUGAAAAUGAAGUAAAAAGUAUUAUUUAUUCUGAGCUUCUUAUAAUUGAAGUACCUGAAUGAAAGUGGCAUUCAGUUAAUUGCUGUUACUAAUAUCUUGAGCUGUUUUACAAGUGUGCACCGUGUAGAAAGAAGAAAUUGAUGAUGUAAAUCACUCAUUUUGUUUUUUCUUAAAAAAAAAAAAAAAAAAAAAGCUUUUAGACAAGGUCUUUCCAGACAACGCAAGUGCAGUCUGUCCUUGAAAUGAUGGAGCUGUGUUUUAUUCACUGAGGAAUGAUGGUUACUCUAUAAAGAUCAGGUAACACGAACGUGCAGUUUUCUUUUCUCUGACCUGUCCUUGCACUUUUUUUUUUUUUUUUUUUUAAGAGAAACUUGAAAACUGUUUUGGCAUUAAGAAUCUUUGAGUAGAAGGACUUUUUAUAAGAAAAUACAAGCUUUCAAAUCUUCCAUAAAAUUGGAAGUAAAAAAUACAUUGUAUUUCUCCACAAAGGGAAUGCUGUUUCUGUAGUGCAACUGCAGAUUUCAUUACAGGCAGAAGCCCAUGCCCUGAUUUUCUUUCUGACUACACAAAGAUUCCUGUGCUGGCAUCAGAAUUAAUUGUUGUCUGCUUUUACACCAACAAUAGAAUUCGUUGCUCCAAGUAAACAUAUUUUUCUAAAUGGACCAGGCUGAAGUUUUACUGCCAAGAAACUAGUUUUCUAUGAUGAAAUAGUCAUAUUAGAUCUUUUGUUUUGUUAAAGGACAGUAUUUCAUCAUUAAAGCUUGAUUUUUUUUUUAACCCUUUCCUCCAUGCCAAAAAUCAAUUUUCUACAAUGUUUUGAACGGGUUUGCUGUUUUUCAUGGAAAAGUGAUGCUUCCAGGCUUUUUAUAUAUGAAGGAACUUUAUUAAAGCCCUAUUUAUGGGCUUUAUUAGGGUAUUUCUUGCUCUUUAUGUAGAAAUAUUUCUGUAUCCUUGAUUUAUUUUGUAAUACCAUUUAUGUGUCAUGAUUUCCCCUGUCCAAGCACGACAUCUGGUGAUUUGUGCCUUUUGCUUCAGUCUGUCUGAAUGUAAAACUUUUUUUUUUUUUUUUGCAAAGUUUAAUGGUAUAUGAUGACUUUAUUUCUCCGUCUAAGAAAAUAUGCAAGGCCUUAACUGAAAGGAUUACUUCUUAUUCACAGUCAGAGCGGCUGAUCAAGAAAAGAAGCAAUAUUUUAAACAUUAAUUAGUACAGAAACAGAAGCAGUAUUAACCAGUGGCUACUUGUACUUUAGUAUUUUUGCACCUAAAUAUGUAUGGAGUGAACCUUCGUAAACACCUGGAAGUGCCACCUCAGAGUCUUUGCAAGAACUUGUAAUUCUUUUUGAGAAUGUCUUGGGGGGAGGAGGGAGGAACAGUAUCCAUUUUCUCUGUUCUACAUACCUGGUUAGCUAUGGUUUAAAAAAAAAAACACUCUCAAAGUAUUGUGUAGUCACUUGUAGUAUUGUGUAACCACUUGUGUGGACUCAUCAAAUCAAUUUUAGGGGAAGCACUGUUUGGGCUUGGGUAUUUUUAGAAAGCAGAAGCAUCACCUUUUUCCAUAAACACGUUUCUCAGUGUAGUAUUUUUAUUUCUGUUGUGUGGGUGUUUUUGAAGACUACUAGUGUGCUGCAAAACUCAGGCUUUAAUUUCAAUUUAAUAAAAUUUGAACUGGAAAGUUUUUUUUGAACUUUUAGAAUAUCAGAUUUUAAAUGUAUUGCAGAGGUUCACUUCUGCUAUUCUAGCAUGAUUUCACAUGAUUAAAUGAUAGUUUGAUAGUAGUUGAAUACACGUGUAUACAUAUGUUGAUUAGAAAACUUGUUUGAAGAACCUGAACAAACACAUAUUUAGGUAUCCUGAAAGACAUAGAAAGACCUUUUAGAUGGAGCAGUAGAGAGAUCAAGAAGAAUGGAGAAAGUUUGACUAUAACUGACCUAGGGUGAUAGGAUGAAAAACCACAGCAGUGGCAAUAAAGUAUUGCUAUGAAGUCUGUGUGGAGUUCUGCCUGUAAUAGCAUUGAUGACAUCUAGCAAAUACUAACAAGCAGCAAAAGUACUGUAAGGAAUACAGCAAAAGUCUGACUGCUUAAGCUAGUUGAAAAAGAAAAAAGAAAAAAAAAAAAAAGGAUCAGACUAGCUUCAUGGUAUUUAUUUUAUCUGGAACAGGAUGUUGGAAGAGUUUGAGGAGGGAGGAAGCAUAGAUCCCAUAUCAAUUGGCUUGUCUCUCCCCUCCAGUCUGAAUUUUAUGGUAUAGUGUAAUGUGUCUGAUGCAAACUGUUAUGCAGGUCACAUUGGGAACUACCAGACCUAAAAUAAUAUUACUCAUACAGGACAGGCAGGAUCUGAACACUGGAGAAAAUGACCUGUCUUCAUUCCUUAGGUAUGCAGUAAGUGCCUUAACAGUGCUGUCACUUCUUGAGUAUUUACUUCUGCGGUCAACCAGCAUGUCAUGCAGGCAUGGAGGAAUAAUAUUAGACCUAGCAAAAGGAGGUGAAGGAGGGAUCAUGCAAAAUUAUUUUGUUUUAUGACUCCUAGGUAUGGUAACUGAGGCUUUAGGAUCAUGUAUGUGUAGUUUACUCUCUACUUACCAUACAAGAGCAGCCUGGAGUGUAGGUAGAAGGCAGGGAACAUGGCAGUUAUGCUUGAGUUUUGUUUGACACAAGCCACAAGAACCAAAGUGUGUAAAGUUCUUUUUCACAUUUGUCUUAUCUAAAAGACAAAGUACCAUACAAUAAUAUGAAACUGCUGGGAAAACUGGACAAAUAGCCACUAUACAAGUAGUCUUUGUCAGACUGUGGCAUGAAUUACAUGCAUCUUAGUGUGAUGAGACAUUGUUCUCUGAACUAGCUUCUAGACAUUGACUGUCUAAAAGUAGUGUCUUAGAUCCAUUCUAUUCAGGCUCUUGAUCAAAACAAAAGCCAACUGUUGGUAUUGAUGGAUAGGUUCUUGUUUGUCAUUUCUAAAGGCCACGUUUUUCAUCUGUGUAAUCUGUCUUCAAACCAGUGUCAGGUGACCAGGAAAUAUGAAAUGGCUUAUUGGAAGGCUACUGAGAUGGACAGGUAUACCGUUCUUUACUCUGGCCCCUUAGAAUCAUGUUUUUUCUCUUCUUUGUAACAUGCGUCUACUCAUUAAAGCUUAGAAAUUAGCCUUGGACACAAAUAGCAGCCGUGUCCACCCUAAGCACAACCUUUCCCACUUUCACAUCUUGUGUUAAAACGGCUACUAGUAGCCUGUGUUCUUAGUGUUGGCUGAUCAUCAUAUGCAUGAGAAAAAAGAAAAUCUUUAAAACUACAGCUAUGAUGGGUAGAUGUGUUUUCUAAUGAAGAAGAUUACUGAAUAAAGCUUGCUACCACCUUCAACAGAAGGGUUAAUAAAUUCCUUCCACAAAGGAAUAAUUGUUACCAGCUUUUGAACAGUUGCUAUCAAGCUAAGCUAAACUGAAGGCCAGUUAUGAACUAUACCAGUUUGACAUGUAAGAACUUUGAAGAGAGAUAAACCUACUUGUGUUCCAGACUAACAGUCAUUUCUUCCUAAUGCUUUCCUCAAGUGGCAAUGGAGUACAAAUAAAUUUUAAAAAUGUUUGAAACUGAAAGCAAUGGAAUGUUUCAUUCUGAGGAGAUAAAGACCCGAGCAACUUUGGAAGGGCUGGGUGCUCUCAUGAUGGCAAAAAUGCAGACUCUAGGUUUAAUGGACAUGUGAAUAAUAACUCCAGUUGCUUCGUUUGCCAGGAACAAGUGGGGCCUCUUCUGAUUACAGUUGUUUCCUAGACUGGGGAAUGAGGAUUUUUCAUUUUUUCUGGCCUUUUUCUUUCUUUUUUUCAGUCCGUGACAGGAUGUGAAGUGUCACUCAGAAUGAGUAGCAGUUUUGUUGUCUGCAUUCAUCUAUCUGUCCCUAUACGUGUGCAAGCAUUUGUAACUGAUGGGUAGAUUAAAAUUAAAACUUUUUUGGAGUACUGGGCUGGUCAACUAUAUAUAUAUUUAAACAGUUCCUAGUAGGGCAGGUAAUAGGUUAGGUUGCACGCAUAGGAAGUGUAGCAUCGUUAUAUAUGGCCAAGGCUGCUGCGCCUGCCAUUUCUUCUCUGCUGUUCUAGGUGUACUUGGACAAGCCAGUUUCAAGCUCUUGCAGGCUUUCCUGAUUUGUAUUUAUGGCUUGUGCUUGCAGAUGCAGGAGUGUCCCCAGAGCUGUGGCUUAGUCUGCAUUUGAAACCUAGUCCUUGGAUUUGGAUUUUUUUGUUUGUUUGUGUGUGUGUGUGUGUGUGUGUGUGUGAUACUGACUAGUGUCAUUAUUAACAAUUUUGAUGUCAUGGUUCAUUUGCCCAGUGCUUGCUAAUUCUGUUAAAGCAGUUUUCUCGGAUACUUAGGGAUAGUCUGAAUUUGUGGAGAAAUAAAUUACACCCUGAGAACUAAAUAAUACUAAUAAAUAAUACAAGGAGCUCUUAUGCCAAUAGACAGUAAACAUCUGUACUAGCAUGCAGGGUAGAAAGUAUGUAUUAUUACAGUUGAGCACAGCCACUUCACCAGGCUGUUUAAUGCCUAGCUGUUUCACUUUGUUGUUGCUGACCUGCAACUGACACCCUGUUUGCUAGUGAAACCAUAUUAGCCUAUGAUUUCAGGAAAAAAAAGUAAGAGGUUAUUUUUGUGUGUAUUUAUAACUCUACUAGAUAUAUAUACAGUUGGAUGGAAAAUUCUCUAAAGGUUUAUGCAGACAGUAUUACCAACCUGCAGUGUCAAUUUUAACAAAGUCUUUGAAUGUUGGCAGACUGUUUUUGUAAUUUUAUGACUGAUAUUGCUAAGUUGCUGAGUUUGUGAUCAAAACCUCUUUAAUACCACUUGUCUUAAAUACUGAUGUAUUAUCAUUGUUUUUAAUGUCAUGUGAUAGUGCGUAUGGUUUGUGUUUUAGAUGUAGCAUCCAAAUAGAAACAUUCCUAUCACAGCUGGAACUGUUUUAAGUGCAAUUUAUUGUUUUUGUGAAGGAGGAAGAGAAGACUUAUUCCUACAUAUGUAAUAAACUUUACAUCUAUUCUUUCUUUCACAGUUA